UUCUAAUACAUUUUUAAAUUCACUCCUCAACAAAAACAACAAACAAAAAAUGUCUUCGUCACGACAACACCCCCAAUCACCCCCUACAGCCCUUCCAACUUUAUUAGCUGCUAAUUACAUUCCCCCACCAAAGUCGCCGUUGUGUAUGAGUGCUUCAUCGCCGCUUGUAGAGGCUAUAGUCCCUCCAAAGUCUUCCUCUUCAAAUUUACUGCAACCCCCACAACAUGCCGCAACGGUUGCAAUGCCUACACAUUCACAGCCAAAUUCGUCUUCUAUAAUAGCUAGGAGGAGAAUCCCAACACCGCUUCCAUUAAUUUCUGUUCGCGAAAUGCCAACAACUCCAAACCCAACAACAGUCCCAACACAUUCCCCUUUGAGGGCUUUAUUCUCCUCUUCUUCAAAUAAUUCUUCUUCCUAUUAUUCCCCUUCCUCCCCCUCACCUAUUCGCUUCUCCCCAGCUUCUUUUUCUGGUUCAACUUCACAAUUAUUUAUUUUAUUAAAUUCACCUAAAAACAACGUCUCCACUAGCAGUUCAACUUGUGCUUUGAGUCCGUUUUUAGGGGUGGGUGGAUUUUUGAAAAAAUAUUUUUUUGGAAAUUUUUUUGGGUAUCCUUGA